AUGCUUACUGAUUUUUUAGCUGCAUUCAAACAAGUGCUUGGUGCUCAUAAGGAAGCUGAAAAUAUUUCUGCAUACAAGGAGCUUGUUUACUCCUCUUGUUUUACUUUCAAGAACUCUAUUAAAAAUCAAGCAGCUAAUUUUAGUGAUAAUGGGUUGUGUUAUUUUAAAUUAUUAUGUUUUGAGAAACCUGAUACUAUACAUUGGAUAUAUUAUGAUGGCUGUAUACUUACUUGCAGUUGUUAUAACUUUAAGUUUGCUAAAAUAGAUUCAUCUGAAUUAGAGCUUAUAAGAGCUUAUAUUAAUUUUUACAACCACUCACAAACUCAAGCUUUAGGAACUCUAGCAUUAGAAGAAUCUUUUAGUAAAUAUGUCUCCAAACUUCAAUAUAUGCAGAUUAAUCAAUUAUUAAAAGAAAUCACAAGUAAGAUUGUAGCUAAUCCUAAUAAAUAUGUGGACUUUAGAUUGUAUCUUGAGAAAUAUUUGAAAGCUUUAUAUAUUAAUGUUAACAAUAGUUCAAAUUCAAUCUAUGUAGAGAAUGUGAUAGCAUCUUUACAACUUCUAGCAAUUAACAAUUCCCCUAAGAGCAAAACAGUUGAAAGGCCAAAGAAAGAAAGAAUCAGAUCUCAAAAAAAGAAUACAUCUGUAGCUGUAGUGAAAAAGAAGCAUGGUUGA